AUGUCCUCACACGCCUCAUUAAGUGCCGCGGCCGACGAGCGCAAGGCCCGCCUGGCCAAGCUCAAGUCCCUCAAGCGCAAGCAGCCCGACGAGGACGGCGGCGGUCCGGAGCGCGACGACGCGGACGAGGCCGGCCAGACGCGAAAAACGACCACGGCCUCCGUCCCCGACGACCGGCAGGAGGAGCGCGGUGCGCCGAGCCCGCCCGAGGCGGAGGUGGCGAGGCUGCACCUGUCCGGGCGCAACUACGACCCGGAGACGCGGGGCCCCAGGCUCGGGUUCGAGCACGCGCCGACGGCGGGCAUGGACGGGCCGACGUUGGAGGAGCAGGCGGCCGAGGUCGAGGCCGAGGCGCGGCGGGCCGCGCGCGAGGACGAGGCCGCCGACAAAGGGAUCGACCUGUUCAAGCUGCAGCCCAAGAAGCCCAACUGGGACCUCAAGCGCGAGCUGGACCGCAAGAUGGAGGUGCUCAACGUCCGCACCGACAACGCCAUUGCGAAGCUGGUGCGCGAGCGCCUCGCCGCCCAAAAGGCCGCCGCCUCGGGUGCUGCUGGCGCGAGCGCGUCGGCCGAGGGGGGCGGCGAACUCGAGGGCGCGGCCUUGGUCGAGGGCCUAAGGUUGCGGGAGCAGGAGGAGGAAGAGGAGAGGAGGAAGGACAAGGAAGCAGACGACAUGGUGACUCAGGCUACGCUGCCGCGGCGGUGA